UAGCCAAAGCGAUUGCAUGAAAAGUGCCACGUUGCCAUUUCUCUUCGGUGCCAAGCUACAAAAUGCUGCCUCUGUCUUCUCCGCUUCGCAAGUCUCACACUCACUCACCGUUCUUCGAUCCCUCUCUCUAGGGUUUACAGAUUCUCUUUCAGGGAGAGAGAGAAACCUUGUCAAACAAAUCUUAAUCCAAUUCAAACUACGUGUUUCGUCAGAUUCGGAUAAUCCAUUUUAUCCGACCCGAACCCGAUCACACCCACCUCCAUUACGCUUUUCAGAUCCGCUUCUCUUUAGCACCUCCAAUUCCGCAGAUUCGUUCAAUCAAAGAUCCAUUUGGCAUCGCAGGUUGGAGCGGUGGAUUUUAGAUGGUAUGCAACAUUUAUUUAAGGAGUGUGAUUGUACGAGCUGGGAGAGUAGGAAUAUUGACGAAAAGGAGGGUUCAAAUAACCAACACCAGGAGGAUUUUGCAUGCGUGUGUCGGCGUAAAUUUUACGUGGAAUUGCGAAUUUAGGAGUUUAAAGAUGAUGGUUGAUUCAUCAGGUGCGGCGGCAAAACGCGGACCAACUGUUGAUAUAUUGCCGGAGAAAGAAGAUGAUGGUGGAUAUGUUAGUGGAGGAUUGAAAAGUGAAGAUGGACGACUGAGAUGUGGUUAUUCAAGUUUUAGGGGAAAGAGGGCAACCAUGGAGGAUUUCUUUGAUAUUAAGACUUCCACAAUUGAUGGGCAAGCGGUCUGCAUGUUUGGAAUCUUUGAUGGUCAUGGUGGUUCUCAUGCUGCUGAGUAUUUGAAGCAACACUUGUUUGACAAUCUCAUGAAGCAUCCACAGUUCAUGAAAGAUACUAAAUUGGCUAUAAGUGAAACAUAUCAACAGACUGAUGCUGCCUUUUUGGAGUCUGAAAAAGAUACUGUCAGGGAUGAUGGUUCUACUGCUUCAACAGCAGUUUUGGUUGGUAACCACCUGUUUGUUGCUAAUGUUGGAGAUUCGAGGACUGUGAUAUCAAAGGCUGGUAAAGCUAUCCCUCUCUCUGAAGAUCAUAAACCCAACAGAAGUGAUGAGCGGAAGAGAAUUGAAAAUGCUGGUGGCAUUGUAAUGUGGGCAGGGACUUGGAGAGUUGGAGGUGUUCUUGCUAUGUCACGAGCGUUUGGUAACCGUAUGUUGAAGCAAUUUGUUGUUGCUGAACCUGAGAUCCAGGAGCAAGAAAUAGGCGGAGAAUUUGACUUGCUUGUUCUUGCAAGUGAUGGACUAUGGGAUGUACUACCCAAUGAGGAUGCUGUUGCACUUGCCCAAAGAGAAGAAGAACCUGAGGCUGCAGCUCAGAAAUUAACGGAGACUGCUUUUACCCGUGGCAGUGCUGACAAUAUAUCAUGCAUCGUGGUGAAAUUCCACCAUGGUGGUGAUGCUAAUCAAGCUGAUCCCCAGCCUGAUAAGAUAUCUUAAUUUAUAUUGCCUGUGUAGGUUUAUUGAUCCUUCAGCUCAGGUAUAGAUCAUCUUUCUGAAUCUUGCACAUGCAUGUUGGGUAAAUGUGCAUACCAAACAUGGCGGCAAUUUUUUUAUUCAUUGUUUUGUUUCUAAUUUGCUCGUUGUAUUGAGUACAUGAACCAUUUCUAUGUUGCCAUCCGGGUAUUUUGGUUAAAUAAAGACAUGACGCAUUUUGUGUUUGGGCAGCCA